UAUCUACAAUUGAAAUUUACAUCAAAAUUAAGGCACUGUGUUUUUUCGUAAUUAUAAGUUUACAAGUUUAACAAACGGAACUUAAGCAUCAUCGUUUACAAAUUUUACACAAGUGUAUUUGGCUUAUCAAAUAAAGAAGUAGCGGUAAAUAGAUAUUGUGAAUCUGCAUACAAAUCGCCUUUGAUUGAGUUUUUAAGGUAUAAAAACAGUAUUUCAAACUUUUGAUAAGCUUCAACGUCGAUUUUUUGACUAACCAAUCGACUCACAAGCAACAUAACGAUUGCACUUGAAAAUUGCAGCAUACUAUACAAAUGAGUUAUAAAACCUUUCUAAGGAUAUUAUGUUUGUGACCUAAAUUUAACUACCACCAAUACGAAUACAACACACACACACACACACAAACAGCUGAUACCCACUUGCAAAAGUAGCACAAGCCGUAAAAAGUGAAGGUCACCGAACGAAGUCGGACGCGGUGUGACAACACAUGUUGCAUGCGCGAAUCUAUCUAGAUAUAAGUAUAAUAUGUUCAUGUAUAACGCAUCAGAGGUGUAUGGAAGAGCUCCACCCGAAAAGCACCACAAUAGCCAGCCUAACAACCUAAUCAAUAACAACAUCAACAACAACACCAACAGCAGCAACAAUCGCAAUGAACAUAAUGUACGCUAUUGCAGUGUUGACAAUGCAUUUAAUUACUAUAAGAGUGCAAGCGCCAUCGCUCCGUCUUGGAAUCUAAACAGUCCAAGUCGUGCAUCCAAUCCGAGUCCAUCGAAAAAUAAGGAGAUCGUCGGCAGACAGAUCGAGAGAGCCAGCUAUUCAGUACCUGUAUUGGAUCCAGUGAAAUACUCUGAUGCCUACGCAAAUUCCUAUGCACCAGCCCGCAAAACAGCUGCUGCUGCUGCUGCCAACAACAAUAGUUACAUUUAUCAGCAUAGACAGAAAGCCGACUACUACAAUGGUCCCGCCCAGCAUAAAGUGCGACAAUAUGCACAAACCAAUAAUGCGCCUGCCACCCAGGAGCUAACGAAGUAUCCUCAGCUUACCAUUGAAAAGGAUCAGCUCAAGCGGCAACUCAGAGUCCGGAAUAAAUGCGAAUAUUUGGAUGAGGGCUCCACUUACUCGCAUAACCGAAGAUCGCCCGCGCUGGAGCAAACAUGGAGUUCGAUAACCCCUGAACGCCAAACAACGCGUUUCCAUUCAACUGAUCAGCACUACGAGCACUAUUUCUCCUACUUUUACAAUCGUGGAGCUGAGAAGCUGUCCAAAGCCCCGCAAUCAUCCAGCUACAAAACACAAAUGAGCUUAUUUCAAGAGACGCCCAUUAAGCGAUCGUCCAAUAAUGCCAAUAAUGGUCGUCGAGGCAUAUCCAAUGAUAAUAAUAAUCAAAAUGUAGAAUAUGAUAGUUACUUAUUGAAAGAAAAUAAUGCAAUGCCUUUCGGCUAUAAUGAUAGCGAUUGGAAUGAUAUACCCGUCAACGAGACAAAUUUGGAAAUAAUCAAUAUUAAAGAUGUUUAUGACACAAAAGUAAUCAAUGAUGAUGAUGAUGGUGAUGACAAUGAUGAUCAAUUCGAUCCAACUAUACAAACCCAUCGUCGCUACGUCCAGCAUGGUGAUACUAACAAUGACUUAAGCAAAAAUGGAAAAUCCGUCGUGAAAAUCAAUAAUAAUGUAUCGAAGAAACUACGAAAUGCCACCGAAUCUCCCGCUCUGCCUCGCAUGCCGUUGACGCCGAAGAGGAUCCGAGGCGGACAAGCAAUAACAACGACAACAACAACAACAACAACUGCCAAGAAGGUACUGCCCACUGUGCACCGUGUUCUCCUUUAUAAUAGUCAAAGUCCCCGUUUGGCACGUAAGCAUCAGUCGACUAAUAUGCGCAACCAGGCUGUAAAAAACCCUCAUCCAAAAGGUCAUAGUGCAGGUGGAGUUCAAUUAACUAAAUAUAUUUUAGACGAACCAGAUUUUAAAAGCAACGAUUUCCGUGAUGUCGAUUUUGAUAAUGAUGACGAUUUAGAUAACAUUUCCAAUUUUGAUGAGAGCGACACGGUGAGCAUUAGCUCCGACACUGAAGAUGGCUAUCGGGCGCAUGCGUAUAAGAUGACGCAUUCGGGCGAUCGUUUAUUAUCAUCGCCGAAGGACUCCACAUCCUUGCUACUGUCACAGUCAUCAGAUGAGGACUUAAGAAAUCCGGAAUCAGUCCUGGUGCCCAGUCUCUUUCCAUACGUUCCACCCUAUCUAUCCUUCUCGUCCAACACCAAAAAGGGACCCAGUGUGCCGCCGGAGCUGCAUCGAGUGCUAAAGUGGCGCGUGACAAACAUAAUGCCAAAAGUUGUGCGACUUAUCUUGGCCAACAGCGGCAUGCGAAUGUUGAAGAAAACCAAUGACUGGAUGGGCGUCUGGGGCAAGCAUUUAAAGUCGCCCUGUUUUAAGACAAUUCGUUCGUAUCAGAAGAUCAAUCACUUGCCCGGAUCAUUUCGUAUCGGUCGCAAGGAUUCAUGCUGGAAGAAUUUACAGCGACAAAUGAAGAAGCACAGCAACCGAGAGUUUGGCUUCAUGCCGCGCACAUAUGUUAUACCCAACGAUCUAUGCGCUUUGCGCAAACGUUGGCCAAAGUAUGCGCAACGCAAUACAAAAUGGAUUAUCAAGCCGCCAGCAAGUGCCCGUGGUGCUGGAAUACGUGUGGUUAAUCGUUGGGGCCAGAUACCCAAACGUCGUCCCCUAAUCGUGCAGAGAUAUAUUGAAAGACCGCUGUUAAUCAAUGGCAGCAAAUUCGAUUUGCGGCUGUAUGUACUGGUGACGUCUGUGAAUCCAUUGCGGGUGUUCAUGUAUCACAAUGGACUAGCGCGGUUUGCAUCGGUUAAAUACAGCGCCAAGGCGGAUACAUUGAACGAUCGCUGCAUGCAUUUGACCAACUAUAGCAUCAAUAAGUUCUCGUCCAACUACUCCAAGAACGAGGAUGUGAAUGCAUGCCAUGGCCACAAGUGGACCAUCAAAUCGCUAUGGACCUAUUUGGCCAAUCGUGGUGUGCGCACCGAUGGCCUCUGGGAGGCUCUCAGAAGUCUAGUGUUGCGCACGAUAUUGGCCGGCGAGAAUGGCAUAAAUAGCAUGAUUCGAGCGAAUGUCGAGUCCAAAUAUAGUUGCUUUGAACUGUUUGGCUUUGAUGUGAUUUUGGACUCGGAUCUGGUGCCCUGGCUACUGGAGGUCAAUAUAUCGCCUAGCUUGCACUCCGAGUUGCCACUCGAUGCACACGUUAAGGCACCUCUGGUUCAAGGUGUUCUCAACACUGCCUUGUAUAAUAUACCCCCGAAACUGAGUCAGGAAAAGCAAAAGGAGCUUGCCGCCGAGCUGUCAUUUCCAAGUGGCACACAACUGUGCUAUGAUAAGCGACUAUACAUCAACUAUUUGUCGCGCGAGGAAAAAGUUAAGCACACCAACUUCACGCGCAAAUCCAUGGAAAGUCGUGAGGAGUACAUCGAUGCAAUACUUCAAAAAUUGACGCCUGAUGAUGUCCGUUGUUUGAUAAUCGCCGAGGAUGAGUUGGCGCGUUGUGCACCACUUGAGCGGAUCUUUCCCACUGAUCAGACGCACAAGUAUCUCAAAUACAAUGACACGCCUCGCUACUAUAAUCGCCUCUUGGAUGCAUGGGAGUCACGAUACGCCAAUAAUCGCACAGAGGGCAUUGCUCUACUGCGAGAUUAUUGUCAGAGCAAGUUUCACUUGCAAGUUCCUGCGCCGCCUGCCAAAAAGAGUGCUCACUACUCAUGUACACCUUACACAAAAACGAAAACAAAACGAUUGAGGCUUUUCUGAAAUCGAAAUCUGUUACCAGCUUAUGAUCAAAAUAGUAUAAUAAUAAUCUCAAUGUUGGCAAUGUUGCAUACCACCACCCCAUUGAUAUUGUAUUGUAUUUUAUUGUAUUGGCAAUGCCAAUGCAUAUAAUAUUAAUAAUAAUAAGUACAAAGAUCAACAGAAAAACCAUUUAUUUACAAACAAAAUAUUUACGUUCUUAAUCCCAUUGAAUUUGAGGGCUGUUGGCGAGCUAUUCAAUCAUUUUAUUGGCGCUGUCGUGCUCUUUAUUGUCGUAAGUUCUAUCUGUUGACCCCAUAGAUAAACUUCGUAGGCUCGCAAAUGCAAAGUUGCUAACCACAAAUGUAUACAUUUAG